AGGUAAUUGAAACCAUCCUAAAGUUCCUUUUUCAUUAAUCCAGAGAUAGACCCGAUUAUUGCUGACUUAAGCAUCCGAGUGUCUACCCCGAGGACCCACCUCGGGGCUUUGUAGGUUUAUCUGAAGUGAAGAUGCAGAUUGAAGAAGGAUCUUUGGUUUGGUGCAAUUACAUUUGGUGUCGUCUGUGGGAAUUUGAAUUGAAAGCUCUCUUGUUGCUCUUUCAUCAUGUUUAACACUCGAUCAGUCUGAGCUGGAAAUCCAUCUCAACCCUUUGGACAAGGUCAAGUAUCCAACAACCUUCCACCUCAGAUCCCAAAUAUGUUCCCUCCUAGUGAUCAUGCAGAAGGAGGAGAUGAAAACCAACCCCACAACUCAACUCACAACUCAGCUUCCACUGCCAAUCCAGAUGUAGUUAUAGCUCAACUUGCUGCUAUGCAACAACAGUUUGGUGUCUUUCAAUUAGUAUUGGCUCAGCUCUUAGCUCAAAAUAACCCUGGUGAUCCCCUCAUCAAUUUACUUAACCCUGCUCCACAACCCCCAACUCCACAGCAAGACCCUCAACCAGUUCAGCAUGCUCUUGCUCUCACUGAACAGCGAGGUGCCCCACCUCCACACCACAAUACUGACUCCAUACCCCAUCCUCUGAACACCAACAUUACAUUGGAACCUUAUCCUGCUGGUUUCAAAAUUCCUCAGCUCGAGAUUUAUGAUGGGACAAAGGAUCCUGAUAAUCAUCUACAUGCUUUCUACUCUUGUAUGCAAACUCAGAACGCCUCUGACGCGUUGAUGUGCAAAAUCUUUCCCUCUACUCUCCAAGGUAAUGCUCGAACUUGGUACUAUAGCUUGCCCCUAAGAUCUAUCAGCUCUUAUAUAGAAAUGGCAUCUACUUUUGCCACAAAGUUUUCUAGUAGAAGGUUGAUCAGGAAAACUACUUCUAAGCUGAUGCAAGUUAAACAAAGGGAUGGAGAAUCUUUGAAGAAUUACAUGGGUAGAUUCAAUGAUGCAGUGUUGGAAGUUAACUCCUUCGAUCAAUCCGUGGGAAUUGCAGUUGUGAUCUUAAGUCUUAACCAUGAAAGAUUCAGAGAUAGUUUGAUCAAGCAUCCUGCUACAACCUUUAACGAGGGGUCACAACCACAAGCAGUUCGUAAUCCAUCAAACAGGCAAGGCGUGGGAUAUCAACAAGCCCCACCUCCGCCCCCACCACCAGCUAGAAUUAUACACAUGAUUAUAGGAGGACUGGAAGCAGGAGGUUCGGUUUCUAGUUAUCAAGAUAGCGUCCUCUUUCAAUGUUGUUAUUGGCUGACCCACGCUGACCGAAAUCCGCACUGUGGUUUCCCAACUUUGCAUGAAGUUCCCAACUCCUAUGGGAAUAGCAACACUACGGGGCAACCAGGAGAUAUGUUAGGAAUUCCAACCUUGGUAUCUCAGCAUAAGCUCAGCACCAAUCCAUUGAAAAAACCAGUAACCCAGAAGCGACGUCUCUUCGGGGGGAAGAGGCUUCAGGUCAUAAAAGAAGAGGUAGAGAAGCUUCUACAAGCUGGUUUCGUCAGAAAAGUUGACUAUUGCGAAUGGGUGGCUAACUCAGUGCUGGUUAAAAAGGCAAAUGGUAAAUGGCAAAUGUGCAUUGAUUACACAAAUCUCAACCAAGCUUGCCCCAAGAACUGCUAUUCGAUGCCGAGCAUUGACAAGCUGGUUGAAACAGCUUCAGGAAAUGAGAGAUUAAGUCUCUUGAAUGCAUAUUCUGGGUAUCACCAGGUGCCGAUGGCUUUGGAGGAUGAAGAAAAAACCUCGUUCUAUGCUGCUGAUGAAAUCUAUUCCUAUGUCAUGAUGCCAUUUGGCUUAAAGAACGCAGGUGCUACUUAUCAGAAAAUGGUGACCAUCGUCUUCCGAGCUCAGAUCGGUAGGAAUCUGAAAGUUUAUGUCAAUGAUAUUGUCGUAAAAGAGCCUGAAAGCUUCAUGGUUUCCCAAAGAGGGAUUGAGGUCAAUCUAGAAAAGAUCAGAGCAAUUGCCGAAAUGAAACCACCGAAGUCAGUGAAAGAUAUACAGAGAUUAACUGGAAGAGUGGCAGCUCUUCAUAGGUUCAUAUCGAAGUCAGCAGAUAAGUGCCUACCAUUUUUCAAGAUCAUGAGGUUAGCUGCCCAAAAAGAUGAAUCAGAUGGAUACCGAAGCGAACAUGCUCUAAAAUUUAACUUCGAUGCAACAAACAAUAUGGCUGAGUAUGAAGCUUUGCUACUUGGUCUGCAACUGGCAUUGGAGUUGAAAGUUAGGGCGAUCCAAGUGUACAGUGACUCCCAGCUUGUGGUUAAUCAAGUCAACUCAAUCUACGAAGUCGUUGAUCUUGUGAUGGUGAAAUAUGUAGCCCUGGUGGCCGAGCUGAAGUGCAAAUUCCAGAAAUUCUGUCUGAACAAAAUUCCCCGAACUGAGAAUGAAUAGGCAGAUUCACUCUCUGAGUUUGCCUCUGAUAGCUCUUUAAACUCUAGAUCAGUUUUUGUGGAAAUCUUAGAUGAACCAAGCUUCAUGAAGCCACAAAUGAUGGAGAUCAGCACAGACCCAGACACACCGAGCUGGACUGACUCAAUUAC